CAUGAAUGGUAACCGGCAUUGACGCCAUGCUCGCCGGUCGAUAUCCUUAUCAGCGGUAAAAAUUUCGUGAUAACUGAGAGUAUCGGGAUCGGUCGCAAGCCCAAGUCCGAUCGGGGUCUCUUUGGACCAACAGGCGGUGCCCGUGAGAUCCGUCAAGGGCGUGCGGAAUCUUGGCAGUACUACACCGACUCCUCCAAUGCACGCCCCUUUUGCUCUAGAGAAUUUUCCCCUUCGAUUGCGGUGAAUGAUUCAUCAGCCAAGCCCGCCCAUCAUGAAAGACCUUGACGUCCCAACCAUCAGGGUCUGUGAUACCCAAUCACGAUACAUAAACUGUACACAUUGGGGCGUCUGUAACGGUCGGGUUUUGUCAGCGGAGACAUUCAAUUCUCCAUUGUUGCUAUGUCAGCGACACAGUACCUACGUAACAGUCGAAGCAAAGCUCGUUUGACAUCAAUCAUGGCAAUGACUAUCAGCGGACAUUACCAAACCCCGAUGUCCUGUGACGACAACAAAAAGAAAAGAAGAGGCACAGGCAAAAAUUACAGAUGGACAAAACCGCCCAGGCCGCAUAUGUAGCCCGCCCGCUAUUUCGAUCCCUUGACUGAACAAGAAGAAGCACUUACGAACACAGGCUUGGCGAAACUAUCAAAGCAUCCCUGAGAAGUCAUUCAAUGCCCAAUAUUACAAUCUUUUUAUGCUUGGAUCUCCCACUAACAGUAGUUUUUAAUCAUCCCCCACCAGCCAUCGCCGCAUCGAGCCUCAAAUGGGUCCGACUGGAUCCAGCGUUCCACAGGUGGUGGUUUUCUUCAGACUUUUUCCAAAGAUUUUACGAAACGUCAACAUAGACAACUCAAUCGUGAACAAGGAUAGAACCAUGCACAAAAUUUGCGUCCGCGGGUCGUCUCCGCUUUGGAGUCGAAAUCUUUAAAAACCUUACAUACGUACAGCCGGGUCAGGGCUCCAUUACUUACCUUGGGCAGAGACAAGCCCAAUAACUUAUGAGUUAUCCUGUCCGAUGGAUCACGAUGAGUCGGACCUGGGAAAGAAGGGAUGCGAGUUUUCUUUCUUAUUCCUCAAAUUCAUGAACACGUCUCCCGGCCACUCGAUCUCGCUACCCACUAAUAUCGUCUUGUUGCCUUCUUGGCUUUCUUAGCCGAGAGGCUCGCGGCCCCAUAAUCUCAGGUACAUACCAUACACCAUGCAAGGGCCCAGGGCGUGUCUUGCUGAAGCAAGCUGAGCUGACCGCUUCUGGGCCUCUCGACGACGGCUGACCUGGCAGGACAGCACUGGACAGAGGCGGUAAAGGAGAAUUGACUGCUUCAUGCUUAAGCGAAGUGUUUGGACUGUUUGCCAUGGCAUUGUGUAUGAUUAUGCACGGUCUUCUUCACAAUAGCCACGUAGCUGAGAAGAAGGGGAACCUUGAGCCUUCGUGUCCGGAAGCAUUGUCCGUUGAGCUAAAAGUCGAUCUCUAGAAGGAGUUUGGGGGGACGGGGUUCGAUGGAAGAUCACAGAUCAUGAGAUCGAUAAGACAAGAGAGGCCCUGUUCACUGCUUAUCGCUCGUUAUGUAUACGCGUAUGCUACAAUACUCAGCAUUAGAAUGCAAGAAUCGUAGGAGACCAUGGUGAACUCGUCACAUACACAAAGUUUAUCAACAUAUAGAUUCUUCAUGCAAUAUGAUGCGUUUGGGCCUGUAUUGCGCGUUCUCUGUACUCUGUAAGUCUUUGCGCAAGCCAGACUGCCCCACCUAUCGAUAAAAUUAACACAAGGUCCGAUACUUGGAGCCACGGCGUCGUAUCAGCCGGCGCUGGUCGGUCACAGGACCUGAAUAUGGUUCACAUCUUUCCGUUUUCCUCUCCGAGCAAUCCCGGCCGGAAAUCGGACAUCAGGACCGCGUUUUAUUGGCCAUGGGGGUCUGUACGACUCCGGGGAAGUGGCCUGUGACCGAGAUAGACUUGAUCUCAAGCCGAAACACCUAGGUAGGUAAUAGACCUUCUGUUAUCGGGACUGCGGGAGCAAGCUAGGCGGGUUUGAUAAGCGUUACUAGUUGAUGUCGAGUCUAUGUAACAUAGGGGUCUGCUGAUCAACAGCACUCUACUUGAUUGUUAUCUAUAGCCAGUCUUGAGGGUGAGCUGCUGAUCUCCUGGGAGGCCAGCCAGUCAACGGGCUAGCAUUCACGAUAUGUUUUGGACUAGAGCAUCGUCUAAGCACCAUCACUUGGCUAUUAAUUCCAUUGUUGGUCUCAGACUUCUCGUGAAUAUUGCUGCUGACAGCAUAAGUUGCUCACGACUAAUGCUGACCGUUGUGACGAUACACCCACGAUAUUGUUCAAGAGCGAUUAGUUUGAUCUAUUCCCUGAACCUCGGGAAUAAGGACAAGCAGUAAACUCCUCCGCAUUUAAACUUCGGACUUGGAGAAUUUGUAUGUCGAUCUUGUUCUCGUGGAUUGCCAAAGUCCGAAGUCCGCGAGCGAGCCAAAUGCACGGACCAAGCGCUCUCAGUACGUCAUUCUGUAGCUUUUCGCAAAUCAGAUCAGUUGCCGCCUUUCCAGUGUAAACAUGUCGACGUCUUGAUAAAACCGCACACUUGCUAUCAUGCGACUUCCCCCGAGGCGAGCCCUCGCUCACGAUCUUUCUUCGGGCCUCAAAUGCCGUACGUACCGGCUGCAACGGCGCCAAUACGCGACUUCGCUUUCUCCUCCCCCACCGCCUCUUUCCGGAUACACAUCGUUGACUUCACGAAGACUCAUAUCCGUCACCGGCCCAGACUCAGCAAAGUUUCUACAGGGAAUUGUGACUGCCAACGUGACCACGAAAGACGGAAACCUGAGGAGUGAUGGGUUCUAUGCCGCUUUUUUGACCGCGACUGGCAGGGUACUUUACGAUGUGUUUAUCUACCCCAAUCACAAUACUUUGGGAGCAUCGGCCGAGGAGCCAGGGUAUCUGAUUGAAGUUGAUGCAGACCAAGCAUCAACGCUCGCGAAACAUAUUAAGCGUUACAAGCUUAGAGCGAAGCUAGCUGUUCGCUUAUUGGAAAAUGAUGAGGCAACAGUUUGGCAUGCAUGGGACGACUCAAAUUCUGCGAACUCGAGCUCAAUCGUCAAGUCGGCCAACUUUGCUCUCCAGGAUCCAAGAGUCCCCGGUCUGGGGUAUCGGCUACUGCAACUGGAUCAGCACCCUCCCCAGAUCGAUCUCGAACCAAGCACCCAGGAAGCUUAUACAAUAAGGAGAUACCUAAAUGGCAUCCCUGAAGGUCAAGAUGAGAUAUCUCGAGAGCACGCUCUUCCUCAGGAAACGAACAUCGAUAUUAUGAAAGGAAUCGAUUUCCACAAAGGCUGCUAUGUUGGUCAGGAACUUACCAUCCGCACUAGACAUCGUGGUGUAGUUCGCAAACGAAUUCUGCCCUGUGUAAUCUACGAAAAAGAGCAUGCACCGCCAACAACACUUCAGUAUCACGCAGACGACAUAACGUCUUCUCUCGAGAGUGUGACAGCAGACAUGAUACCACGAGACACAAGCAUCGGACGAUUUGAGAAAAGAGGUCGAAGCGCCGGCAAGUGGCUUAAGGGUGUGGGAAACAUUGGGCUCGGGCUGUGCCGCCUGGAGAUCAUGACCAAUGUGACACUGCCGGGAGAUGCGGCGUCGGGGGCUUUCAACCCCGAGGACGAGUUUGUCCUAGAUUGGGGCGAGGAGGAAAGCCGCAAUAGAGUAAAGGUCAAGGCUUUCGUGCCGGAGUGGUUGCGAGAAGGCCUCGAUGCUGAGAAUCAGAGAAAUGAAAAGUAGAGCAGUAAGAUUGAAGUUGUGCUGUAAAACACUGUAUAGAUACAAAACUUGUAUGUCUUGAAUAGGGACAUAUCUAAAUAUUCAUUAAGCUUCUUUCUCGGUCAUCGCCAAACUGUACUUUGUUAUUGACGCAGGACCUUUUGUCAGUGAUUACACCGUACCAUGAAAAGACGGACCAUGACAGUAUCAAAUUAUUCUAGUUGUACG